AUGCCGACGUCCAAACAUGGAAUCGAGAGUACUAUAGACUAUCUCGUACCAUAUAUUGAUCGUCAUUUUCAAGCCCAGUCCAGCAAUACAACCAAACGGCCAUUCAUCUUCGGGCUGACAGGCCUUCAAGGAAGCGGCAAAUCAACAUGGACCGAGGCAUUUGUGAAACGACUGAAUAACAAGCACAAUUACCACACCAUAAACCUCUCACUCGAUGAUCUGUACCUCGACCACGAUGACCUCGUCAAUCUUCGACUUGCCAAUCCACACAACAAACUUGUCCAAACUCGCGGCCAACCUGGAAUCCACGACAUGGAACUUGCACGUUCUUUCUUUGAGAAUCUGAACAGUGGCUACGAAGUUCUCAUUCCAUCAUUUGACAAGAGCAAGUUCAAUGGAGAGGGCGGAAGAGCACCAAAAGAGACGUGGCAACGCAUUCCAGCAGGAACGCAGAUUGAUGUUGUUAUUUUUGAAGGGUGGUGCAUUGGGUUCAAGCCGCUGGAUGAGGCUUCUAUCCGACAGAAGUGGGAGGAAGGAUUACGACAAGAAGCAAUUGCCGGAUAUCCGACCAAAACUUUGAAGGAGCAUGCACUUGAGCACCUGCUAGGAGUAAAUGAGAAGCUGCGUCAAUACUGUGACCAAUUUAUGGGACCACAGCAUUUGGACUUUAUUUUCCAUUUAGACACAUUGAGUUUGGUCAAUGUGUAUGAAUGGAGAAUGCAGCAGGAGCAUGCUCUUCUUGAGCGGACGGGCGAAAGUAUGACGGUUGAAGAAGUUGUUCGCUUUGUGAGAGGAUAUAUGCCGGCAUACGAGCUGUAUCUGGAUCAGAUGCGCGAUCAAUUGCAGCAAGGAUUCUUCAAUGAGAAAAGCAAGGGCCGGGUGCGAGUCUUUUUGAAUCUGGAUAGAAAUAUAGAAGACUUUCUUGUGUACGUUUCGUAA